AUUAAAUCUAGAGGCAGUUCAGCAUGGGAGCCGUCUGUAUGUUGAAUUAGGGCUCGCACUCUUGCGCAACACGUCACCAGUCGGAAACUGGGGGUUUGCUUCUGUGAUUUAUUUCAUUAUUGUGCUGCUGAUGAAGAGACUAGCAGCUCGCUGCUUUGCUGGCUUGUUAAUUUUAUCCCCACUAACUGUGAUUUCCGAUAGCCGGCCUGCUGAUAGUGGUAAGUGCUGCUGGCUGUGGUUUAAAGCAAGCGUUUGCAGGCCAUUGAAGACGGCAAUUUGGAAGAAAUGGAAGAGGAAGUACGGCUUAAGAAGCGAAAAAGACGAAGAAAUGUGGAUAAAGAUCCUGCAAAAGAAGAUGUGGAAAAAGCUAAGAAGAGAAGAGGCCGCCCUCCUGCUGAGAAACUAUCACCAAAUCCCCCGAAACUGACAAAGCAGAUGAAUGCCAUCAUUGAUACUGUGAUAAACUACAAAGACAGUUCAGGGCGACAGCUCAGUGAAGUCUUCAUUCAGUUGCCUUCGAGGAAAGAAUUACCAGAAUACUAUGAAUUAAUUAGGAAGCCGGUGGAUUUCAAAAAAAUAAAGGAAAGAAUUCGUAAUCAUAAGUACCGGAGCUUGGGCGACCUGGAGAAAGAUGUCAUGCUUCUCUGUCAUAAUGCUCAGACGUUCAACUUGGAGGGAUCCCAGAUCUAUGAAGACUCCAUCGUCUUACAGUCCGUGUUUAAGAGUGCGCGGCAGAAAAUUGCCAAAGAGGAAGAGAGUGAGGAUGAAAGCAAUGAAGAGGAGGAAGAGGAAGAUGAAGAGGAGUCAGAGUCGGAGGCAAAAUCUGUUAAGGUGAAAAUCAAGCUCAAUAAAAAAGAUGAGAAAGGUCGGGACAAAGGAAAAGGCAAGAAAAGGCCAAAUCGAGGAAAAGCCAAACCUGUCGUGAGCGAUUUUGACAGUGACGAAGAACAGGAUGAAAAUGAACAGUCAGAAGCAAGUGGGACUGAUGAUGAGUGAUCAGUAUGGACGUUUUUUUUCUUGGUAGAACUGAAUUCCUUCCUCCCUUCUCUCAUUUCUACCCAGUGAGUUCAUUUGUCAUAUGGGCACUGGGUUGUUUCUAUAUCGUCAUCAUCUAUAAACUAGCUUUAGGAUAGCGCCAGACAAACAUAUGAUAUCAUGGUGUAAAAAAAAAAAAAAAACAAAAAACAUGCGCACAUACAAAUAUUUGUAACAUAUUGUGACCAAAUGGGCCUCAAAGAUUCAAAGAUUAAAACAAAACAAAGCUUUUGAUGGAAAAUAUGUGGGUGGAUAGUAUAUUUCUAUGGGUGGGUCUAAUUUGGUAACGGUUUGAUUGUGCCUGGUUUUAUCACCUGUUCAGAUGAGAUUUUUGUCUUUUUGUAGCACUGAUAACCAGGAGAAGCCAUUAAAAGCCACUGGUUAUUUUAUUUUUCAUCAGGCAAUUUUCAAGGUUUUUAUUUGUUCGGUAUUGCUUUUUUUACACUGUGGUACAUAUAAGCAACUUUAAUAGGUGAUUAAUGUACAGUAGUUAGACUUCACCUGCAUAGACAUUUUUCCAUUUUAUGCUCUAUGAUCUGAAAAAAAAUGCUUUUUGAAUUGUAUAAGAUUUAUGUCUACUGUAAACAUUGCUUAAUUUUUUUGCUCUUGAUUAAAAAAAAAGAUUUUGUUGAAAACGCUAUUGAAUAUUGCAGUCUAUAUAGUGCAUUGGAUGGCUUUUUUUGUCAACCUGAUCUCCUAUGUUACCAAUGUGUGUCGUCUCCUUCUCCCUAAAGUGUACUUAAUCUUUGCUUUCUUUGCACAAUGUCUUUGGUUGCAAGUCAUAAGCCUGAGGCAAAUAAAAUUCCAGUAAUUUCCAAGAA